UCACACGGCGAGGAGACUCUAAGCCCGACUCGCGAAGCUUCCGAACCCAGUUGCCAUUUUUCUGCCCAGUGGGGAUGACGGCGACAGUGACCCUGGAGCCCGCGGGCCUCUGUGCCUGGGACGAGCCGGUGCGCAUCGCGGCGCGCGGCCUUGCGCCCCGACAGCCGUCUAACACUCCCCGUGAUUUGUGGUGUUCUCCAGGCAAGGGGCCUUUCCCUGGGAUCAUCGACCUGUUUGGAAGUGGCGGUGGCCUUUGUGAAUACAGAGCCAGCCUCCUGGCUGGACAUGGUUUUGCUGUGCUUGCUCUAGCUUAUUUCCGAUUUGAAGAUCUUCCUGACUAUUUGAAUGAUAUGCGCCUGGAGUACUUUGAGGAAGCUGUGGACUUCAUGCUGCAGCAUCCAGAGGUGAAAGGCCCUAGUGUUGGGCUUAUUGGCUUCUCCAAAGGAGGUGACCUGUGUCUCUCAAUGGCUUCUUUCUUGAAGGGGAUCACUGCCACUGUACUUAUCAAUGCCUGUGUGGCCAACACAAUAGUUCCUCUGCAUUACAAAGAUAUGACUAUUCCUAGUCUUGAGGGUGACUUAAAGAAACAGAAAAUCACUGAGUCAGGCCUUUUGAAUUGGGAGGAUGUGUGGGACAAUCCACUGGAGGAACCCAACUGCCAAAGUCUUAUUCCAUUGGAAAAGGCCCAGGGGCCCUUCCUGUUUAUUGUUGGCAUGGAUGAUCAUGACUGGAAGAGUCCAUUCUAUGCUUGUAUAGCCUCUGCACGGUUACAAACCCAUGGGAAAGACAGACCCCAGAUAAUCUACUACCCAGAUACUGGUCAUUGUAUUGAUCCACCUUAUUUUCCUCCUUGCAUAGCCUCUGUGCACACAGUGUUGGGCCAACCAAUAUUCCAUGGAGGUGAACCAAGGGCUCAUGCAAGGGCGCAAGAGGAUGCCUGGCAGCAAAUUCAAACUUUCUUUCAUAAACAUCUUGAUGCUAAAAAAUCUGUUAAACUCAACAAAAUAUAGCAUUGCAAUUGUAGACCAGAUACCAUUAAUAAAAAUCUUACUCAGGACCA